AUGGCUGGCUGGCAAGUGGAGGCCGUUGGCGCUUUGUCGGGCGAGUCUCUGGGAACGGUGACGCUGCCGCAGGACGGGAGCCUCAGGGAGCUGAGGCGCCUCAUUGCAAACCUGCCAGGGGUCUCCGCCACCGUGAAGCUCUUUUCCGACGGUGUGGAGCUUCAGGGACAAUCGAGCCUGGCCGAUUCUGGGCUAAGGGAUGGCUGCGAAGUGCAGGUGAUCUCUGUCCGAUCCCUGCAGAUGCUCUCAGGAUCCCAAGACGGCACGGCUCGUCUCUGGGAACUGGAAGAGCGCUCGGAGGUACAGCGGUUCCAGCACAGUGCUGAGCUGAACGGUGUGGCAGCAUCUCCCGAACCGGGCAUCUUCGCAUCGGGUUGCAGCGACCGCUCUAUCAGCCUCUGGCGCUUCGGCGCCACGGAGACAAGUUGUCAGCUGCAAGGGCACAUGGGCCAGGUGUACUCGGUCGACUUCUGCCCGGCUGGCUCUGCGCUGCUCUCAGCGUCUGGGGAUGCUACUGCACGGCUCUGGGACCUCGCUUCCGAACAGGAGCUCUUGUGUCUGAGAGGGCACAUGCGUGACGUGAACUCAGCCGCCGUGUCUCCGGACGGGCGGGUCUUUGCAACAGGCUCCGACGACUACAGCUUUGCGGUGUGGGACCGUGCGUCUGGCAAGAUGACGCAGCAUUGGGACGGGCGACGCGGAGACGGGCAUUCAGGUAGAGUCUAUUCCGUGGCCUUCUCACCGGAUGGCUUCUACCUAGCCACUGGUGCAGUUGACAAGAAGGCCAAGGUGUGGGACACGCGUACUGGUACCAGUCUGCGCUGCUACAGUGGCCACACAGAUCUGGUCAAUGCAGUCACCUUCUCUCCGGAUGGGAAGUUGUUGGCAUCGGCAUCGGAUGACUUCACUUCUCACGUCUGGACCGCAGAUACAUCACAGGGGCGCAUAGCUUCCUACAAGCAAGAUGCUGAGGUGCUAACGCUGUCGUUUUCAGGAAAUGGCCAGACCCUGGCCACGGGUUCCAUGACCGGAGCCAUCUGUCUCUGGGAUCUUAGUUCGCACCAGGAGGUUGGAUGCUUUGGUGUCGGCCAGGAUCGCGAGAAACCCACCAGGUACGACAGGGUCACAUCCUUGUGUUUCCUGCCUGUUUAA